AUGUAUAUAUAUAUAUAUAUAUGCUCGUAGUAUAUUGUCUUUAUCUUAUCUUCAUCGACAAAUUUUCGAACACAUUGAUUGAUUAUAUUGUAGUUUUUAGUUUUCAAAAAUUUCGAUUUUUCCGGCAAUGGAACAGCCCGUUUCUUUUACAGAGGAAGAGGAAGCUCUUGUCAUCAAGUCAUGGAACUCGAUGAAGUCGAAUUCCGGUGAAUGGGCUCUCAAGUUCUUCCUCAAGGUAUUCGAGAUUGCGCCGUCAGCUCAAAAGAUGUUCUCGUUCUUACAAGACUCGAAUGUGCCGUUGGAGCAAAAUGCGAAGCUCAAGGGACAUGCCAAGUCCGUGUUUGUCAUGGCGUGCGAAGCCGCGGUGCAGCUAAGGAAAACCGGAAAAGUGGUGGUGAAAGAUUCGACGUUGAAGAAACUCGGGAGCGUGCACUUGAAAAACGGCGUGGUAGACGAGCACUUUGAUGUAGUCAAGUACGCGCUUUUGGAGACCAUAAAGGAGGCCACUGGAGAAAUGUGGUCGCCGGAAAUGAAAGCGGCAUGGAGCGUCGCGUAUGAACACUUGGUUGCCGCUAUCAAAACUCAUAUGAUAUGAAAUAAACAUUUUCAUCUUGUCGUUGUCUUCUUAUUUUUAUUUAUGUAUGUAAUUAAUAGUAUUUUCAUUUAAAUAUAUAAAAUGUUAUUGAAAGUUUUAUUUAA